GACAGUCGUGGAGUCCUCUUCCCUUCCCCCCACAUCUCACAUGUCCUUUUCAGCUUUUUCCAAGAACUUUUUCUCAGAUGAGAUUCCAUUUUUUCCUGACUUUAUUAUUUUCUCAGUUUUAAGAUUUUUUUAAAAAAUAAAAUUUACCAUCAACUUGUUCUUCUUUUUUCCCCUUAUAAAUCCCUCUCUCUCUAUGUUCAAAUUCCCCUUCUCGCUUACUCCAUCCUCCUUUGUAAAAUUUUGGUCUAUCUUUUUUCUCCAAGAUAUUUUCUCAAAGCUAGAGCUUUGAACUGAAGCCACACAAAUCUUGCAUUUCCUUUUCUUGAAUCUUGAUUACUGAAUUUGGAGUUCAAGUUCUUGAAUUGUUACAAAAUCAAGAACUCAUUUCCUCUUCUUUCUUGAUCUUGAUUAAUUUGCAUUUUCUUGAUUUCUCUGUUAGAUUUAUGUUCUUGAAACUGUUUCAAGCAUAAAUCUAAGAUUUUUUGCAUCUAUUUUUUCUUUGUGGGUUUUUAAAGUUAAUCUUGAUGCUAAAUAUUUUGUUCUUGAUGUUUGAGAUUCAUGUCUCCAAUUCUCAGUGAAAUCUUUCUUUCUGGUUAUAUGAUAAAUUCUACUUUCAGGCGCAGGACCCAUCUUGUUCAAUCCUUCUCAGUUGUAUUCCUCUACUGGUUAUAUUAUGUUUCAUGAUUUUAGCUCAAAGUAAUCACAUAUUUACCCUAUAAAACCUUAUAUUAUUAAUAUUGAGUACUAGUAUUAUCUCCAUUAAUUAAUUAUUCUGUGUUUUUGCUAUUUUUCUUUCUGUUUUGGGUCCUGUGUCCUGCUAUAAACUCUCUUUUCUCUUGAUCUAACAAUUGCGCCCUUGAAAGCUCAAGUUGUUGGAUUGUGGCAAUUUGAUCUGUAACUUUUAAGAGAUUUUCUUGGGGUCUCAUGGCUUCCUCCAGUGGAACAACAACCUCUUCAGGGUCAACUUUGAUGCAAAAUUCAGGUUCAGAAGAAGAUUUGCGGGCAUUGAUGGAUCAAAGGAAGAGGAAAAGAAUGAUAUCUAAUCGCGAAUCGGCCAGGAGAUCAAGAAUGAGAAAACAGAAGCAUUUGGAUGAUUUAAUUGCUCAAGUGGCUCAGCUAAGGAAAGAAAGUCAUCAGCUUUUAACAAGCAUUAAUAUCACUACACAGCAUUUCUUGAAUAUAGAAGCUGAUAAUUCCAUUCUAAGAGCUCAGGUUGGUGAGCUUAGCCACAGAUUGCAAUCUUUGAAUGAAAUAAUUGCUUUCUUAAGUGCAAACAAUGGUUUUCUUGCAGAGGAACCAGCAGCUGAUAGUUUCUUGAAUCCAUUGAACAUGUCUUACUUAAAUCAGCCUAUAAUGGCCUCUGCUGAUAUUUUUCAAUACUAAAAGAGCAAUUAAAAGACUCAUCUCCAUCAAGAGAUUGAGGAAAAGGGAGAGAAUAGAUGUUCUUGUUCUGUUUUAGGUUUAAGAAAAAUAAUUUGGAAUAAAGAGAUUAGUACAAGUAUUAAGGGGAAAAAUGUGAUAAUUGGUCUGUAAAUGGGGUUUGCUUGUUUGCUUAAGUUAUAAUAUUAGUAUUAUUUUAUGGUUCAGUGGCUGUGUUGAUGAUGUUGUUUGUAGUUUUCUUUCUAUUGUUAUCAAUUAUGUAAUGCUAUUUCACUUUUGCUGUUUCAAA